UUCGGCACUUUCCGGCGCACGCUACGGAAAAUUACGAGCCGGCAGUUAAUCACAUCUCGAAGCAGACCACAGACCUAGUGGACAUGGCCGGGGCCGGCGAUCAUUUCUUCGAAGGAACAGAGAAACUGUUAGAGGUGUGGUUUGCAUCUUCCAGUGAUGAAAAGUGCGAUCUACGGACCGUUCCAAGGAAAGAAUGGGAAGGUCUACUCAAGCUUGUCCGAUGCGAGAUCAUCAGCUGCAUCUCGGGCGAAGACAUGGAUGCAUACGUGCUCAGCGAGAGCAGCAUGUUUGUGACCAAGGACAGGUUUAUUCUAAAGACCUGUGGACGAACCACUUUGCUGUUAGCCAUGAACCCACUCAUCAAGAUAGUGAAGGAUAACUGCGGAUUUGACAAAGUCAUGGAUAUCUUCUAUUCUCGGAAGAAUUUCUCUCGUCCAGAACUUCAGCAUGGAGUUCAUCGAAGUUUUGAAGAUGAGGUAACGCACCUGGAUACGCUAUUUCCAAAUGGAGCUGCCUACAGCUUGGGGAGAAUCAAUCGUGACUGCUGGUAUCUGUACACUCUGGAUGAGGAAGGUGUUACUCGGCCUGAUCAGACUUUUGAACUGCUCAUGUGGGACAUGUGCCAAGAGAAGAUGAAGAUAUUUACCAAGGAGGUGUGCGUAGACGGACCCGAGGCUACAAAGAAAUCUGGAAUCUUUGAUAUAAUCCCCGGAGCCAAGAUUGAUGACUUCCUGUUCGAACCAUGUGGCUACUCAAUGAAUGGCCUUGUCAAAGGAGGUUAUUACAUCACCAUUCACGUGACCCCAGAGCCUCACUGCAGCUACGUCAGCUUCGAGAGUAAUGUGCCACAGGAAACUUACCAAGACCUGAUAGAGAAGGUUCUCAGUGUUUUCAACCCUGGCAAGUUUCUUAUGACCAUCUUUGCUAAUAAGGCCUCUCUGGCACGAGACUCCCACCGAGAACUGGAGAAGAAGGAGCAGAUGAAGGGCUACGUGGUCCAGGACCAUCAGUACUGCCGCUUCAAGAACUACAACCUCACCUACUCCUUCUUCUCACGCCCUGUCAUUUAGGAGAGAACGUGCAGGGGUCCCACCAGGCGGAGCGUCGUUGCUGACACUGCACCUGGAACCUUGGUUUGCAUUUGCAAGCCCACGGGACCUGACUGCACACGUCGUAGUUUCCUUCCCUUUGUAGACUUUUGCCUUGCUAUUGCUUUUGUACAUGUUGUGUUUGUAGUGUGUGUGUUUGUGUGGAACUCUCGGAAGAACAGGAAGAAGCACAAGGUUUUGUGCGGGUACAUCACACGUACACCUAGAUAAAGUUUUCAUGCAGAUUCUGACUGAGAUAAUCCAGGUCACCCCGUGAUCAUGCAUGCAUGCGCUAGUCGUCCUACGGGAUGAUGCAAGGCGGUCGCAUGUCAGAAGUGUACGAACCAGCCUUUUAAACCGAAAACAUGCUCUUAGACACCCUCAGCACAAACUCAGGGAACCUGGUCAGAGGUACCAUUGUAUUUAUUAGAAAAUGCAAAGAAAUUAUCCUGGUUCAUCCAGGAACUGCAUAGUUUUCUGUUUUGGUUACAUAGCAUGAGAUGCAAAUUGUGCAACAUAUUACAACAAAUUGAAUAGAUGUAUAUGCAUUUUUCUUCAAAAAGCAUUUUUUUAAUUAUCACAAUUUGUCAGUUUCUUGUGGUUCUGAAUUCUGAUUAUUUUGGUUAAAUAUUUAGUGUGG